AUGUUUGGCACAGACAUCUACCUGUUGCUGACCUUGUGGGCGACCUUGACCUCGGCAAUGCUAUACAACCGCUACAAGCCCAACUGGUACACCUCCUCCUCAAGACCCGCCACCUCUUCGUCGUCCUCAUCUCUACUGCGCAUGCGUCAUGAACUGGAUAACUUAAAGUCAAGGUCAAUGUACGGCACAAGGUCAGAUGAAAUCACGCGCGAAACAUGCAGUAGACACUCCAUUGCGAUACUUUUAAGGCCACCUCUGCGAGUGGACGAUGACUGCUGGACGACAUUUGUCAAAUCUUACGCCUGUAAGGGCGGCUGCACCUCCUACAGUCAAGUGGACCCGAGAAAUUCCAGCAACAUUUUUCACAGCUGCAACUGCUGCCAACCUCUGAGCUACAGUAUCUCCAUAGCUCUGAUACCAUGCAAAAACGGACAGCGCAUGCGCGUGCCGGUCAAGGACGUCCUGGACUGUUCCUGUCGACCAUGCUACACCGACGCACCCCCCAAAGACAUCGUCAAGCUGCGGGACCUCCUGACUAAAGCAGCCGUAGACACGCCCCUACCCAGGGGGUGACAAGACCACGCCUAGAAAAAUAUCAUAAAAAACUGCAUAAACUUUUCUGCUUACAGACAUUUAUUCAACAAGCAACAUCGUCUUUGUGGUUUCUGAUCACUCAUCUAAUUAACUGGUACAAAUUUUUGAUCGAUCACUUCAAAAUGGCGUUGAUGUCACCCCUCCGACUGACGCCAUCAAGUGUAGAUAAAACUGACGUUAAGUCCAUGUGUAUAUUCUAUGACCUGUUGAUGUUGUCUGUCUACAUGAUGUUCAUGUUGCCUACAUCUAUAAAUGUACUUUCUGCUGUAAUUGUGUUUGAUUUGAAAAAUCGUUGUUCAAGGGAAAUAACCAGUAAAAUUGUUUUUUUUGCAUUGGUUAUUUCCCUUUAAACCAUUUACCACUUUUUGGAUAAUACAGUAGUAAAAACUGAUAACCCGCCCACGAACUUACUGGGGAAAAAAAUUAAAAUUUUCACAAAUAAGUAACCAAGUAUUUUUUUAAAUGACAUGAUUUUACUUAAAGUAAGCAACAAAGUAAUAUCUCUUUCGAAUAUCAAGCGGUCUGAUUAGUACAUCCUGAUAUUUUAGAGGAUCUGAUGACUUUCGGUGAAGGCGAUAUCGUUGAAACUGUCGUUGUAGACACAAUCUGUGACAAAUACUAAUAGCUUUUAGUUGCCAGAAUUUGUUCAUG